AUGCUUUUCUCCAUAUCUUUGCAGGCGAAGGACAGUGAUGAUGAUGAUGAAGUCACUGUUAGCAUGGACCGGGAUCGCUUCAUGGAUGAGUUCUUUGAGCAGGUGGAAGAAAUUCGAGGRUUCAUUGACAAAAUUUCAGAGAACGUGGAGGAAGUGAAGAGGAAGCAUAGUGCCAUUCUGGCUUCACCCAACCCAGAUGAGAAAACAAAGGAGGAACUGGAAGAGUUAAUGUCUGACAUAAAAAAGACAGCGAACAAAGUGCGUUCCAAGCUAAAGAGUAUUGAACAGAGUAUUGAACAAGAAGAAGGACUGAAUAGGUCAUCUGCUGACCUGAGGAUAAGGAAAACUCAGCACUCGACAUUGUCACGCAAGUUUGUGGAAGUGAUGUCUGAGUACAACGCGACACAGACUGACUACAGGGAGCGCUGCAAAGGGAGGAUUCAAAGGCAGCUGGAAAUCACUGGCAGGACCACUACCAGUGAGGAGCUGGAGGACAUGCUGGAGAGCGGGAACCCAGCCAUCUUCUCUUCUGGGAUCAUUAUGGACUCGAACAUCACCAAGCAGGCACUGAAUGAGAUUGAAACACGGCACAGUGAGAUCAUCAAACUGGAGAACAGCAUCCGAGAGCUGCAUGACAUGUUUAUGGACAUGGCCAUGCUGGUAGAGAGCCAGGGUGAGAUGAUUGACCGCAUUGAGUACAAUGUGGAGCACUCUGUGGACUACGUGGAGCGGGCCGUGUCUGACACCAAAAAAGCGGUGAAGUACCAGAGCAAAGCCAGACGGAAGAAGAUCAUGAUCAUUAUCUGCUGUGUGAUCCUGGGUAUCGUCAUCGCCUCCACCUUUGGCGGCAUAUUCGGCUAGAUUCUCCCCACGGAACUGUUUGUGUGCGAUGGACGGAGCUGCGCGUGCCGCAGGGGCCGCAGCCGAGCCGGAGCCAACCCACGCAGCCCUGGAGCCUCCCAGCAGCAUUUCAGUUUCUAAUGCAUGGUUGUUUGUGAUGCUGUGUGUGCGGUGCGUCUGUGUGGAGGGAGUGCCAGCCCCGGGGCCCAGGUCGGGGGGCAGGGGUCUGUGAUGGGUGCACGGGGGGAACCCGAGCUCAUAUCACUGCUCCAGCCUGGGUGGCUGCCCAGGACCAGGGGGAUAGAUGCUCCUGGGUGCUGCUGCUUCUCCUGGGCUGGCCAGGGAGGGACUAGCAAAGGAUGUUACGGACUCCUCAGGAGAGUAGCGCCCAGCCAACCUCCCCCUGGCUUUGCCGUYGCUCCAGGUCAAGCCCUCCUGUCCAUCAGCCUCGUGUGCUUGAAAACCACCAUCCUCGGGCCACUUCUUUCGCGGGGUCCUUCCCCAUGCGUGCACCCUGCCUGCCCAUUCCCUGCUGCCCGCAUUGCCACUGUGCCCACCCGUAGCUCCCUGCCCUGUGGCCACGGUGCCCCCUCCCUGGGCAAGGCUCCCCGGGAUGCUGCGGCCUGGCUGCGAGCAAGGCCGGGGCGCUGCAGGGAUGAAGGGACUCGCUGCUGCCCCGGGGCCUUGUGCCAGGCCAGCGGCUGUGGGGGGACUGAGGUGCUGCUGCCUGGGGCCACCUGCUGCACAGGGACAGGGCACGAGGGGACCUGUGCCGCACUCCUGGCAGGGCCCCAGGACAGGGAUAGCACAAGGCCAGCAGAAGGGCUGGGCGCUUGCCCUGCUCCAGAACCCCCUCCCCGAGGUAGUCUCAGCCCCAACAAGCAGUAGCCUCCGUCCUGCUACUCUCAGGCCGAGGCUUUGGGACUUUGUGCUCAGGUCUGGCUCUGACCUCCCCACAGACCCGUGUAGUGUUUGCCUGGGACCAAGGCUUUACCCAGCCUCAUUUUCCCCCCAGAGGCACCUGUGAGCUGGGGCUUGGAGGCAGGAGCACCUUCUCUAAGCCCAAGGAUUGGCCCUUGUCACGUCCCUCAGCCCCCAAGGCUGGAGCAUCAGCUCUCAUCUUCCUCUUCCCACAUCCUACCCAUUCCUGAGCAGGGCCCGGAUGCCCAACAACUUCCCACSAUCGCUUUGCCCAGUCCUGGGCUCAGGGCUUCCCCUGCCCCUUCCUGCUGCUUCCUGCACCCUGCCCGGUGGGCUCAGUGUGGCACCCAGCCCCGCCGCUCUCUGCGACCCUGCUGAGCUGCGUGCUUAGCUGUAACUGCAGCCUGGGGGCAGUGUUGGCUGCCUCCCUCUGCGCCYCUUGCUGGGACUGGGGCUCUGCCAAGCCGGGUGUCCGGCGCUCCAGCUGACAUGCCCACGUGUGUGCCAAAGUGCCACCAAGAGGCCGCUGCCAUGCGCAGC